AUGAGUACCAAAAGUUAUGACGUAAUUGAAAUUGUGUCCCAGCCCCGAAAGUCGGAGGGUCAUUGUGAAUGUGCCGGAUCACCCCGUAACAAGGAAAGUCGGAGGGUCAUUGGAUCAACCCGUGACAAGGAAAGUCGGAGGGUCAUUGGAUCAACCCGUGACAAGGAAAGUCGGAGGGUCAUUGGAUCAACCCGUGACAAGGAAAGUCGGAGGGUCAUUGGAUCACCCCGUGACAAGGAAAGUCGGAGGGUCAUUGGAUCACCCCGUGACAAGGAAAGUCGGAGGGUCAUUGGAUCACCCCGUGACAAGGAAAGUCGGAGGGUCAUUGGAUCACCCCGUGACAAGGAAAGUCGGAGGGUCAUUGGAUCAACCCGUGACAAGGAAAGUCGGAGGGUCAUUGGAUCAACCCGUGUCAAGAAAAGUCGGAGGGUCAUUGGAUCAACCCGUGACAAGGAAAGUCGGAGGGUCAUUGGAUCAACCCGUGACAAGGAAAGUCGGAGGGUCAUUGGAUCACCCCGUGACAAGGAAAGUCGGAGGGUCAUUGGAUCAACCCGUGUCUAG